UAAUUAUUACAUAAUAAUAAUAUAUAAUAAUCGAAACCAUGUAACUAUUUAAACAAUAAUGUAUCUCUAAACUUUAUGUGGCUACUAUACCACGUGAAUAUAAAAUAAUUUUAAUAUAAAAUUUUAUCUGCAGAAUUGAAACUCGUAGAAAUAGAAUAAAAAAUAUAACAAAAAAGGUACCGGUCUUCGAACAACUUCAAUAAUUGACAAAUUAUUUUAAUAUUCGAUUUCAAUGAAUCUACGUUGCAUUAAUAACGUACAUAAAUAGAAUAAAAGUAAUCUCUUGAAAGGUUAAGAGAUAAUAUAUUUCGUUUCUAUAUAUUUUGUUUCUAUUAAAAAUAAAUUCUUCGUUCAGUGGUCUUUAAUAGUUAACAUAGUUAGAACAUAUAUCGUCUACAGUAUUGACAUUGUCGAGCCUCUGUUACCCGAAAGUUUUAUAAGUUUUCUAUGCAUUUGGUCUUUGUUUAUAUUUGCUUAUUAUCUUUACGUAGUAGGUUAAUGCUUGUCUUCGCAUCCUUCUAAUUUUAGUAUACGUACUGCAAAUAUCUGAUUAUAUUUAUCUAUGCUGUAUAUAUGUAUGUGUUCUGUCGGAACAAAUACUUGUUUAUAUUUAUAUGAACUGAAAGUUGUUAAAACGAUUUGCUAAUUACGAAUUUGCAUUCGUUUAUAACCUAUCAUCAUGUCUACAAUAUCUAAUAGUAUUAUUUUAUUGUUUACAAUGAGUAUAUUUUGCACGUUUAUACAAAUAAACAUUACUGCAGAUAAUUCGUCUACACCAAUUGUUAUAUGGCAUGGUAUGGGUGAUAGUUGUUUUGGGUAUGGUAUUGAUUAUAUAAAACACUUAUUAAGGAAAAGUAUACCUGGAGUUUAUAUCAAAUGUGUUCAUAAAGGAAUUAAUGAAUUGCAGGAUAUACAAAAUAGUUAUUUUGGUAAUAUUAAUGAUGAUGUGAAACAAGUAUGUGAAGAAAUAGAAAUGGAUACAAAUUUAAAAAAUGGUUACAAUGCAAUUGGUUUGUCACAAGGUGCACAAUUUCUACGUGCUGUAGCCGAAAGAUGUUCAACUCCACCAAUGUUAAAUCUUAUAUCCCUUGGUGGUCAACAUCAAGGUGUUUAUGGAUUACCACGAUGUAUUGCUGUAGAUCAUAUUAUAUGCGAGUAUAUUAGAGAAGCACUUACUUAUGGAGCAUAUUCCAACUUUGUCCAAGAAAAAUUAAUCCAAGCAGGAUAUUGGCAUGAUCCUGUGAAAGUAGAUGAGUAUAAAAGAUACAGUCUUUUUCUAGCAGACAUUAAUAAUGAAUUAAAUAUAAAUGAGACAUAUAGAAAUAAUCUUAAAAACUUAAAAUCUUUAGUUUUGGUAAAGUUUGAAAAUGAUACUAUGGUGCAGCCUAAAGAAUCAGAAUGGUUUGGAUUUUAUAAACCUGGUCAAAACAAAGAAAUAGAAAGUUUGCAGGAAUCUAGUUUAUACAAAGAGGAUCGUCUGGGAUUAAGAGAAAUGGAUAAUUUAAAUAAAAUAUAUUUUCUUUCUGUUAAGGGCAAUCAUUUAAAAUUUACAAAUGAAUGGUUCAUGAAAAACAUUGUGGACAAAUUUCUUAAAUAAAAAUAAUAGGAAUAAUAAUUAUAAAAAUAAUGUUUAUAUCUUGAUGAAGUAAUGUUAUAGCAUUUAAUGAUGUGAUAUAAGUAUAUAUUAAUGCAAUAAUGAAAUAUUCGUUAUUACUAUUGACAAAUGUAAUAAAUUUGUAAAUAUAAAAUUAUUUUACUUUUU